AUGGGCAACUGUACAUCAACCACGCGUCGUUUCUUCCGACUUACUCGACGUAGGUGGGUCAGAAAAGAAAAGACUACAAAUAACACACGCGAUGAAGAGAUAGAGCAAGUGACUACGAAUGAGAGUCCAAUGAAGGAUGAGAAGGAGGUAGAAGCAAAGAUUGAGAGUAGAGAAGACACAGACACCGAUAGCGAAUCCUCAUCUAGCUUGAGGGAAUUCCUUAUGCUCGAAAGGCUGUGUGAAGAGUAUGAAGACUUGGAAGAGAUAGAGAGUAGAAUAGAACAGGAAAACGCGAGUGAGAAGGCAGAACAGAAGGCUAUGCAGAAGAAAGUAGAAGAUGAGGUUGAGAGUAGAGAAUAUGAACACGAAUAUGAAGAUAGCGAGUGCUCAUCCAGUUUAAGGGAAAUUCUGAUGCUUGAAAGACUCUGUGAGGAGUAUGAAGAGGCGGAGCAGAGGAGGAGAGAGAGAAGAGACCAAGAGAAGUUAGAAAGGCAAUUUAAGAGGUUUCGAGGUGACCAGUUGAGCACAAUAGAAGAAGAAGAAGAGGAGGAGGACAGUAGCGUGAGAGAAAUAGGAGGGGAAGGUGAACACCCAGAUGACCUUCAUAGAGAAGGUAAGGAAGUGGCUUCCGGAGACGGCGACCACACACAAGGGGAGAAGUUAAUGUCAUUGGAAGAGUUCUGUGGGGAGACUUUUGCAAUCUCUCCAACCUUUAUCGAGGAUAUCAUCGAGGAGUGCAGAAUCUCACAGAGUAGGCUCGAACAAGCACUCGAGGAGUUCGAAAAGUCUCUAAGACUUUUCACUCGUUAUAAUGAGAUGGUAGGUAAGUUGGAGAAAGAGCAAAAAGGGAGUGCACAGGGUGACACACUUUACAAGCAGAAACCUCUGCGACGGAAAGGCACGUGCAAACCCAAGUGA